AUGGAGAGGCCCGCGGCGCGGGAGCUGCAGGGCGCCGAGGCGCUGCGCCGCUUCCAGGGGCUGCUGCUGGACCGCCGAGGCCGGCUGCACGGCCAGGUGCUGCGCCUGCGCGAGGUGGCCCGGCGCCUCGAGCGCCUCCGCCGGCGCUCCCUGGCGGCCAACGUGGCGGGCAGCUCGCUGAGCGCCGCCGGCGCCGUGGCCGCCAUCGUGGGGCUCUCGCUCAGCCCGGUCACGCUGGGGGUCUCGCUGGUGGCGUCGGCCGUGGGCCUGGGGGUGGCCACCGCCGGAGGGGCCGUCACCAUCACGUCCGACCUCUCCCUGAUCUUCUGCAAUUCCCGGGAGCUGCGCAGGGUGCAGGAGAUCGCCGCCGCCUGCCAGGACCAGAUGCGCGAGAUCCUGAGCUGCCUCGAGUUCUUCUGCCGCUGCCAGGGCCGCGGGGACCGCCAGCUGCUGCAGUGCGGGCGGAACGCCUCCAUCGCCCUGUACAACUCGGUCUACUGCGUCGUCUUCUUCGGCUCACGUGGCUUCCUCAUCCCCAGGCGAGCGGAAGGGGCCACCAGGGUGAGCCAGGCCGUGCUGAGGGCCAAGAUUCAGAAACUGGCCGAGAGCCUGGAGUCCUGCACCGGGGCCCUGGACGAACUCAGUGAGCAGCUGGAGUCCAGAGUCCAGCUCUGCACGAAGGGCGGCCGUGGCCACGACCUCAAGAUCUCCGCUGACCAGUCUGCCGCGCUGUUUUUCUGAGAACAUCCUUUGCCCUCAUGACCGAGGCCAGAAACCAUGCCCGUGGGAUGCUCCAGAUUUGUAGCUCCCUCAGGAAAACAACACCGAGUUGGAUUAGGAGCGGAAUGCAAAGGAUGAGAAAUACUGUUCUUGAAAUUGGGGGAAGGAGGGAGUCCUCAGAGCCCUUCUUUUCUCAUCGCCGUGACAUCCUGCCUGGGGUUGCGUGCUGGGGACUUACUUGCCUAAUCCUAUGGGCUAUGUGAACUGAAAACUAUUUUUCCUUUAUCAAAACUGUUCAGUCUCCACACCGGUGGGCACCACUGUAUUAAAGUUGUUUCAGGGUCCCUGCCCCAGCCCCGGUGGUUUGAGCAGAGGUUGGGGAGGCUGGGGGU